UCUUUAAAACGACCCUUAUCAACGUUACUUCAUGCCUUAAUUUUAAAAUAAUCCUCUUAACUAAAAGUUUUGAGAUGACAGAAAUUGGAAGGUAAGAAGUUAAAGUGAAGAGUUGAUUAAUUGGUGUUUGAUUGUCAUCCGUUAAUUAACCGUUUUAAGUGUUUUAGGUGUUAUUGAGGAGUUUUGUGGAUUUUACAGCUUCAUCAGAGUUUCAUUAAAGAUACAUGUCAGUGUUUUGGACUUUGGAGGAUUUCUCUGCAGUUUUGUCUCAGAGUUGACACGGAAGUGGCCGUAGUGUCCUCUGCGCCUCAGACCUGCGCAGUAGCGGACUGGGUGUAGUCUGGAAUCUCGUCUUUUCCUGCUGGAGUUUUGUGCAUGGCGGCGGACACAAAGAGCUGAGGCCCGAGCUCACACCGACUCUCACCGACCGACUCUCACCAGCCAGCACCGCCCGGGGACUGAAGCUCUGGACGCGGCCUGGAGCGAAGAAUCACCGCCGCAUGUUUCCUCUGGUUUCCUCCGGAAUCUGUCGGUAACCGCAAAAAAAAACAAAAAACAACAAACUUUGGAGAAGUUCGGGAAGAGUUUGUGUCGGAGUUUCUGGUCGAGAGGGAAGGACGCAGAGGACUGAAAAAUGCGAAGUUUGAUCCGAGCUCUGGUGGCUUGGAGCUGGGUGGCGAUGUGCGUCCGCGCGGCUAUGGAUGAGUGCGCGGACGACCAGAGCAGAGCGCAGCGCUGCAUGCCCGAGUUCGUUAACGCCGCUUUCAACGUCACGGUGGUGGCGACCAACACCUGCGGCAACCCGCCGGAGGAGUACUGCGUGCAGACCGGCGCCACCGGGGUCACCAAGUCCUGCCACAUCUGCGACGCCCGGGACCCCCGGAACCACCACAGCGCCGUUUACCUGACCGACUACAACAACCAGCAGGACACCACCUGGUGGCAGAGCCAGACCAUGCUGGCGGGCAUCCAGUACCCGAACUCCAUCAACCUCACCCUGCACCUCGGAAAGGCCUUCGACAUCACUUACGUCCGCCUCAAGUUCCACACCAGCCGCCCGGAGAGCUUCGCCAUCUACAAGCGGACCAGCGAGGGCGGCCCCUGGGUGCCCUACCAGUACUACAGCGGCUCCUGCGAGAAGACGUACCAGAAGGCGAGCCGAGGCUUCAUCCGCACGGGAGAGGACGAGCAGCAGGCGCUCUGCACCGACGACUUCAGCGACAUCUCGCCGCUCACCGGCGGCAACGUGGCCUUCUCCACGCUGGAGGGACGACCCAGCGCCUACAACUUCGACCACAGCCCCGUCCUGCAGGACUGGGUGACCGCUACUGACAUCAGAGUGACCCUGAACAGGCUCAACACAUUCGGAGACGAAGUUUUCAACGACCCCAAGGUCCUCAAGUCCUACUACUACGCCAUCUCUGACUUCGCUGUGGGAGGAAGGUGUAAGUGUAACGGCCAUGCCAGUGAGUGUGUGAAGAACAGCAGAGGACGGCUGGUGUGUAACUGCAAACACAACACCGAGGGCGACGACUGCAAUGUCUGCAAACCGUUCUACAACGACCGGCCCUGGAGGAGAGCGACGUCCGACAACGCCCACGAGUGUCUGGCCUGUAACUGUAACGGGAAGAGCUCCGAGUGUUACUUCGAUACCGAGCUGUACCGGGCCACGGGUCACGGAGGUCACUGCAGGAACUGCGCCGACAACACCGACGGCCCCAACUGUGAGCGUUGCCUCGACAACUACUACAGAGACCAGAGCGGCAGCCGCUGCCUGCCCUGCGGCUGCAACAGCAUCGGCUCGGAGUCUCCUCAGUGCGACAACAGAGGAGUGUGUGUGUGUAAACCAGGAGUGACCGGAGAGAAGUGUGACCGCUGCCAGCAGGGAUACCACAGUCUGACGGAGGCCGGCUGCAGGCCUUGCUCCUGCUCGCCCUCCGGCAGCACUCAGGAGUGUGAUGUCAAUACCGGACAGUGUCGCUGCAAAGACAACGUGGAGGGUUUCAACUGUGACAGGUGUAAACUGGGCUACUUCAACCUGGACCCCAACAACCCUCAGGGCUGCACCCCCUGCUUCUGCUUCCAGCACUCGUCCGUGUGCAACAGCGCCGAAGGCUUCAGCGUCCACGCCAUCAGCUCCUCCUUCUACAGAGAUGACGAGCAGUGGAGCGCUCAGCAGCGUGACGGCUCCAGCGUCUCCGUGCGUUGGUCACCCAGCGGACAGGAAAUCUCCCUCAUCUCAGACGACUACUUCCCCAUGUACUUCGUCGCUCCAGAGAAGUUUUUGGGGAACCAGAUGCUGAGUUACGGACAGAACCUGAGUCUGAGUUUCCGGGUUGACCGGCGGGACACACGGCUGUCGGCCGAGGAUCUGGUUCUAGAGGGAGCUGGCCUGAGGGUGGCCGUCCCCCUCAUCGCCCAGGGCAACGCCUACCCCAACGAGAACAUGCAGACAUACGUGUUCAGGCUCCAUGACAGCACCGACUACCCCUGGAGGCCGACCAUCAGCCACUCGGACUUCCAGAAACUCCUCCACAACCUGACCGCCAUCAAGAUCCGCGGCACCUACAGCGAGAGGAGUGCUGGUUACCUUGACGACGUGUCCUUGGUGACGGCGAGGCGGGGCCCAGGUGUCCCGGCCCGCUGGGUGGAGCAGUGCACCUGUCCUCAGGGUUACCAGGGGCAACACUGUGAGCAGUGCACUCUGGGAUACCGCCGUGCUCGCCCCGAGCUCGGAGCCUUCAGCCCGUGUGAGCCCUGCAACUGUAACGGGCACAGCGACGCCUGCAACCCUGACACAGGAGCGUGCGACUGUCAGCACAACACGGCCGGUUUGAGCUGUGAGCGCUGUAAGGACGGUUUCUACGGCGACGCUUCCCGGGGGACGUCAGGUGACUGUCAGCCCUGUCCCUGCCCGGCCGGAGCCACCUGCGCUGUCGUCCCCAAAACCAGAGAGGUGGUCUGCACCAACUGUCCCACCGGAACCACAGGUAAGCGCUGCGAGCUGUGUGACGACGGUUUCUUCGGCGACCCGCUGGGUCAGGGCGGGCCGGUCCGAACCUGCCGCGCCUGCAAGUGCAGUGACAACAUCGACCCCAACGCCGUCGGCAACUGCAACCGCGAGACCGGCGAGUGCCUCAAGUGCAUCUACAACACCGACGGCUUCUUCUGCGACCGCUGCAAGGAGGGUUUCUACGGCAACGCCCUGGCCUCCAAUCCCGCCGACAAGUGCAAACCCUGCUCCUGCUCUCCGGCCGGCACCGUGGGCCGACAGACCAGCUGCUCUCAGGUCACCGGUCAGUGUCAGUGUCUUCCCAACGUCGCCGAGCGUGACUGCAGCGCCUGCCAGCCCGGCUUCUUCAACCUGCUCAGCGGCAACGGCUGCGAACGGUGCAACUGUAAUCCUAUUGGCUCCACCAACGGUCAGUGUGACAUCACUACCGGACAGUGCGAGUGUCAGCCCGGCGUCACCGGCCUGCACUGCGAGCGCUGCGAGGUCAACUUCUUCGGCUUCGGCUCGUCUGGCUGCAAACCCUGCGACUGCGACCCCGAGGGCUCCCAGUCGGGUCAGUGCAAGGAGGACGGCCGCUGCGUGUGCCGGCCCGGCUUCGUCGGCGCUCGGUGUGACAUGUGUGAGGAGAACUACUUCUAUAACCGCUCGGCGCCGGGCUGCCAGCAGUGUCCCUCCUGUUACAGUCUGGUCAGAGACAAGGUGAACCAGCAGAGGCAGAAGCUUCAUGACCUGCAGACUCUGAUCGAUAACCUCGGCUCGGGCGAGGGGACGGUCAGCGAUAAGGCCUUUGAGGAUCGUCUGAAGGAGGCCGAGCGAGCCAUCAUGGAGCUGCUGGAGGAGGCUCAGGCCAGCAAAGACGUAGACAAAGGCCUCCUGGACCGCCUGAACAACAUCAACAACACUCUGACCACUCAGUGGAACCGGCUGCAGAACAUCCGCAACACGGUGGACGACACCGGCACUCAGGCCGACCGCGCCCGCAACAGAGUCCGUGACGCCGAGGACCUGAUCGCCCGCGCCCGGCAGGAGCUGGACAAGGCCAAGGACGCCAUCGGCAAAGUGGAUAUUAAACCACCCAGUGGGGCCGGAGAUCCCAACAACAUGACGCUGCUGGCUGAGGAGGCGCGCAAACUCGCCGACAAGCACAAAAUGGACGCCGACCAGAUUGUGAAGAUCGCCAAAGACGCCAACGACACAUCGACCAAAGCGUACAACCUGCUGAUGAAGACUCUGGACGGAGAGGGCAAGACGAGUCAGGAGAUCGACGAGCUCAACAAGAAGUACAACGAGGCGAAGGAGCUGGCGAAGAAUCUGGAGAAACAGGCCAACAAGGUUCAGGCCGAGGCUGAAGACGCCGGAAAUAAAGCUCUGAAGAUCUUCGCCAACCUCACCAGUCUGCCGCCGUUCGACACCAAGGCGCUGGAGGACGAAGCCGGUAAGAUCAAGAAGGAAGCGUCCGACCUCGACAAGCUCAUCGAUAAGACGGAGAAGGAGUACAACGACCUCAGAGACGACCUGAAGGCCAAAGAGCUGGAAGUCCGCAAGCUGCUGGAGAAAGGCAAAAGCGAGCAGCAGACCGCAGAUCAGCUGUUGGCUCGAGCCGACGCUGCCAAAGCUCAGGCUGAGGAGGCGGCGAAGAAGGGACAGUCCACCUUCAGAGAGGCUGAGAGCAUCCUGAACGACCUCAGAGACUUCGACAAACGAGUCAACGACAACAAGACUGCUGCUGAAGACGCCUUGAAGAAGAUCCCCGCCAUCAACGCCACCAUUAUGGCCGCCAAGGAGAAGACCAAACAGGCCGAGGCGGCGCUCGGCAACGCUGCCAGCGACGCCCGAGAGGCCAAGAGCAAGGCGGAGGAGGCGGAGAGGAUCGCCAGCAACGUGCAGAAGGGCUCAGCGAAGACCAAGGAGGACGCAGAGAAGGCCUUCCAGGACACCGACAAGCUGGACAAAGAGGUCAACGACAUGAUGGACCAGCUGAGCGCCGCAGAGCAGGACCUGGCCAAGAAGAAGGCCGAAGCCGACCAGGAUAUGAUGAUGGCGGGAAUGGCGUCAGAUAAUGCUAAAGAGGCGGAGGACAACGCCCGCAAGGCCAAGAGCGCCGUCAAGGCAGUCCUGAGCACCAUCACCUCCCUGCUGGAUCAACUGGGAAACAUCGACAAGGUGGACCUGAGCAGACUGAACCAGAUCGAUGAGUCGCUGAAGAGGGCCAAGGGCAAGAUGGUCAACAGCGAUCUGGACAAGAAGCUGGCUGAGCUGAACGAAGUGGCGCGGACUCAGGGCGAGAUGAUCGACGACUACGAUCGGCAGAUCCGUGAGAUCCGCGCCGACAUCAGCAACCUCAACGACAUCAAGAACACGUUACCCGAAGGCUGCUUCAACACGGCGUCUAUGGAGAGGCCUUAACCCCGCCCACCACCACCUCCUCCUCCUCCUCCAACACUCCUCCACCCCUUCACUUCUAACACUCUGGCAAACACGCCAACUUUUUACCAAAACAGUUUUUUUUUAAACGUUUUGUUUUCAGAUUCAUGUCUUUGUUUUUCUUUUGCAAAGAGAGAAGCCAACAUUUCAAGCCACGAUCACGGUUUUCAACGAAAGAGAAGCAGCUGUUUUUGUUUUGUCUUUAGGUUUGUUUUUCGAGACGCAGUAACGUGGUUAUGGUAGAAUGAACUAAGCGGCGUAGAGAAGCCGUGCAGAGAGGUAGGAAAAGCCUCGGAGAAAAACCAGAACCACAAACCCGACGUGACUGCACCUGUCUGCUCCACAAGAGGAAGAUUCACCGACGCAGAAACCACAGAGGAAGUUCCUCACGCCUCGAGGAACAUCUGCUCAUAUUUUUAGUUUUCUGUGUCUAACCAGCCAUUACCCAUCAUGCCUGGGGACACGCCAGCUACUUCAGAGUUUUACAGUUUUCAGCCGGCUGAAUGUACGGCCUUUUGCCUUUUUUUAAUUUUAUUUUUUAAACCAACCAUGUUUUCAGAAACCACACAGUGAAGGAAUCCUCUCGUUUCUGAUUUUAGCUUCUUUUCUCCCAAAGCUACGUACCUGACACAAACAGCAGAGGAAAAGUAUUUUAGUUCUUUUCUUCACCAGUAUUUUCACUUACAGCAGGUUGUGUUGUUGAGUAAAGCUUUGCCCACUCUGCUGGUGCGUAAAGAGCCUCUAAAGUCACGAAAAACGGUCUUGUUUCCACAAGAUAUGGAUUUUGGUUUAGGGUUACAAGUUAUGAUCGAGCUCACACAAUAUACUGUCUUAUUUACGUGCAAAACAACCAAGAUAUUAACUUGUGCACAAGAUACGUUACGAUCUUGUUCCCAGAAAAUCUAUAUCUUGUAAACCCAAGUUAUGAUCUAUGGAUCUUGGAUCUUAUCUACAUGCAAUAGAUCAUCAUGUACAUGCAAGAUACUUGCACUUGUGCACUCAGAAUAUGGAUCCUCUAAGAAAAACGUGGUACCUGAGUGUCAAGAUACCAUCUUGUGCACACAAAAUAUGGAUCUUGUGGGAACGAUGAGUUACAAUCUUGUUCCCACAAGUUCCAUAUCAUGUGCGAACAAGAUAGAAACUUGUGCGUUCAAGAUAUGGAUCUUGUGGAAACCAUAAGAUUAUUUGUUCCAUUCCCUUAUUAUCUUGGGUACAAGUUAUCAUCUUGUAUGCACCACAUAUUGAUUUUCUGGGAACAAGAUAGUAACUUGUGUGUGCAAGAUUUUAAUCUUGUUCCCACAGUUUUAAUAUCCCAGGCACACAAGUUAUGAUCUUGUUUUGUUUUGUGCACAAAGAUGUAAAGAAGAUAUUAUCUGAUAUCUUGUGCGCUCAAGAUUUUAAAGAAAACCUUUCAGGACUUCAGAGGCUCCGUAGGUGCAUCUUUAAAUCAGUUCUGACAUUUCACAGCAUGGUCAAACACCAUUUCAUGUACUGAUUCUAUAACACUACAACCAUUUCAUUUUUAUUGUCCCAGAACUUGCUGCUUAUCACUGGUGUUUUUACCAAUCACACAUUAACAUUUUCUUCCAGGCUAAAUCCAACACUAUGCAACUUUGUACAUUUUGCGUAGCGAGAAUUUUAUCUGAUACACUGGUGCUAAUAAUUAUUUCAAAUGUUAUAUUUUUGUGUGAAUGUUUUUUAUUAUGACAUAGAGUGAGGAAUUUGUUAUUUGUGUAAAUAUAUGCUUAAAUGAUUCAGGACUGGCUGAUUUUAAAGAAAUAAAAACUCCAACAUGCAAAACAGCCACAUUAAGUUCUAUCACAAUCAAUCAACUGAAACCUCCAGGUUAAAUAUAUAUAAAUAUCUAUGAUAACGUCUGUGGUAUGUUAUUAUUAUAAUAUGCUUGCUUGUAUACAAGGCUCAGUGUUGCUGCCUCAUAGCGAUGCCAAUAUUUCAUUUGUGUUUUAUUGAUUAUCUGUGGGUUUUCACAAGUUAAUUCAACCUAACUGAAUAUUUUUGUUUGAGCUUUGACCCUUUUAUCAAUCAGGACAUGUUUUAAAUCAUAUUACUGAAAUUAUUUUCUCAACUCCAUGGAGAUAAGCUCAGCCACAUAUUGCUACAGUAGUUAACCGUUUUUUUUUUGUUGUUUUUUUUUUUUUUUUUAAUGAGUGUUUUGUGCCUUAAUAUAAAAGUCGGUUGUAAUCACAGUCCUAACUAGGGCUCCCACGUUUUAUUUCACAAAAAUGUCCUCGUCCUCGCUCCUUCACGCCGCUCCUUAUGUCGGUACUGAAACAGGGUUUUUUUUAAAAAUCAGGUCCUGAACAGAGAAAUCUCCAAAAACAACUUGUCCUUCCUUGGCAAAUAACCACCAGUUAUACUUUUAUUAAAGAAUCUGAUUCUCCACUGGCAGCUUAAAACAUCAUUUCCAGUCUUUUUU